CGGCGCCGAUCGCUCCACGAACUUAGUGAAACCCCCCCCAAAUGGUGUUGCUCUUACGGUGAAGUGUGUGCCUAAGGUUUGAUAUUGUGUACCUAUAACGAACAUGCCUUCACAGUUCAGUAAAAUCUCAGUCAGUAAUGAGCUACUGUCAUAGGCGCUGAUUCAUGGAUCCCGAUUACAAGAAGUUUGGGAGAGGGCCAAGAGAACUUACAGGUGCUGUGGAUCUUAUAAGUCACUACAAGUUGUUGCCUCACCACGAUUUCUUCUGCAAGAGGGCGCUUCCUGUGUCAAUAUCAGACACGCACUACCUUCACAAUGUGGUUGGAGACACAGAAAUCAGGAAAGGGGAGGGGAUGCAAUUGAGCGAGCUCAUUCAAGAUACGUCCUUAUCUAGAGAAACUAAUACACGUAUACAACCUUUUGACCUAGAUAUUCUGAAGGAAGCCUUUCAACUGAGGGAAACGGCUCCAGUUGAUCUUCCUCCUUCUGAGAAGGGUAUUCCUACCAUUGCUGGGAAAUCUAAAAGCGAGUCCAAGGACAAGGAGAAGAAACAUAAAAAGCACAAGGACAAAGACAAAGACAAAGACAAGGAUAAAGAGCACAAGAAGCACAAGCAUCGGCAUAAAGAUCGAAGCAAAGACAAGGACAAGGAGAAGAAAAAAGAUAAAAGUGGCCAUCAUGAUUCUGGCAAUGACCACUCGAAAAGACAUCAUGAGAAGAAGAGAAAACACGAUGGAGACGAGGACGGCAGCGAUGUUCAUAAACACAAGAAAAGUAAGCACAAGAGCUCAAAGAUAGAUGAGAUGGGAGCAAUAAAGGUAGCAGGAUGAGAAGUGGUGCUUGAUCUUUUAAUUUUGUCAUCAGAUGUUGGAGUUGAGAGUUGAGGGAUUCUUUGUUUACUGUUAUCAAGUUACCUAAGAGCUUUAUUUGGACAUACUAAAGAUUGCCAAGAAGGUGAAUUCACUCGCUGCAGUGAAUUCAAGGUACAAAAUGUUGAAAAUGGACUUGCCUGUGUUGUAUCAUAUUUCUGGUGGCGAUAUUGAAAAAUACUUUGUUUCAAUUCAUUGGUUUGUAGUGAUAAAAUGGAUGUCUGGGUUAAUUCAUUGAUUUUCUUCAUCGUUCUUCCCCUGAGAUUUCUAGGUAGAAAGUUUUGAAGUAAUCUAAUCAGCUUGCAGCAUUGGGUAGUCAAAAUAGAUGUAGUUAGGUCUGGUGUCUUUUUAAUCCUCAAAAGAGGGUACCUGAUUUGUAAGGAUAUGGCAAUGUGUAUUAGUUUGGAUAGUUGAGAUUAAAUAGAUGCAAUUUUAUACGAGGAACAAGUGGGAACAGUCAAUAUUCUUGUCACAA